GUAUAUCGAUCAACUCCCAUCUCGAAAGGAAAACCAAAACAAAGUCGCAUCUGCCCCAACUUGUUGGAACUGAGAGUUUUCAUCACAGAAAACGCUACUCCGCCAUGUACGAAGCUAGUUGCCGCUACUGUGAGCUGGGAAUUGAGGACGACAACUACCUGGACUGCAUAAAGUGUCGCCGCAGUGUACACAUCAAGUGUCUGCCCCAUGCGAGCACUCCGGGAGACCUUCUGGGCGAUGUGUUCUUCGACUUCACGUGCGUCAAGUGUGUGAGGGAGCAGCUCAUAAGAGAAGAGAAGGAACACUCUCCAGAUACCGUGAAGGAGAUCUGUGUGAGACAGAAAAUACCCUGGUUACUGGUGAUCACGUUGACGAUCUACAAUCUGUCCAUCAAACAAAAGGGACUGGGACACCAUGGAUUCUUCCACUGGCGGACGCACAUCAUCAGCUUUGUGGACAAAAACUGGAACUACAUCUUUGGCUCUAAUAUACGCCGGAGAAAGCAGUGGACUGGGACUGUUUCCGGAGCUCUGUCUCACAACAAUCCGGAGUACUUUCAGUCGGGCCUGGAUGUCUUCCAAGACCACGGGUGGUGGAAGCUGGCCAAGCCAUUUACAACUCCCAGGAGUGUGCUCAGAGAAUAUGAGAAGAAGCAACUGCAGCGCCAGCAACUGCGCGUGGAGAAGCGUUUUCCUGCUUUGGAUGAAAAUAGCUGCAGCAGCGAAAUCUCUGUAACGGACCACACCGAGGAUAAAGUCCGGAUAUUGACCAACGAGAAUGGUGGCGAAGGAUGUGCCCGCUUUAUUCCCUUUAUGGGGCGUCGGCCGAAGGUACAGGGGUUCGCAUCACCUGUGUUGCAACAGUCUGUGACUGUUCCUCCGGUUGCAGUUCCCGUUCCAGAAGCUCGCAACGUAGAUAGCCAGGGGGAAGAGGUGUCGGAAGAAAACCAGCAGCCCUUGAGCAGCGUCCAAGCCAGCUUGAUGGACUUUCUGGCAGAGAGUCUGGGAGGCGAUGACCUCAGCAUGUUCGGCAGCCUUCCCGGCAUAAUGCCACCUCCCCUGAUUGGAGCAGGAAAGUCGGAUUUCUUCAUGAAUGACGCCCUGCUGGAGGCUCCUUCCACUAGUGACGGCCUAUUCGACUUUGGCAUGCCCAGCGCGAUAGAUGAAGCUAAGGGAGGCAAAGUGAUCAAGGAGGAGCAAAAUGAUCAGGAGCCGCAGGAUCACGAGGAGGAAAAGAUAGAGGAGGAUGAGGAGAAGGGCGAAGAGGACGAAGAACCCUCGAGCUAUCAGCCGCGCAUUGUCCAGGUCACCAAUUACCAGGCCCAGCAGCAGAAUCAGACGAUUAAAGCGGAGCCCCUGGACGAGGAAAUGGAGGAUGAGACUGAAAAGGAAGAGCUAUACUCCAUAGAGCCCUGCCAGCCAAGUGGUUUCACCCGCAACCCCCGCAGAAAUUGGCCAUGGCUGCAGGAGGCCCUGGACUCUGACGACAUAUCCAUCCCCUCCGAAGAUCUCAGGCUAAUGAGCGUCCACGAGGAGCAGAAACUGCUCGAGAGGCUGCAGAGAAUCUUCUCCCUCGAGAAGCAGUCUCAGAUAUCCAUACCCGCCUACGUGCGACGUCUCUACAGAAAACUCUCCCUGCGGAAGUGGAAGAGGGAGCACAAUCGGCCCAUUUUCAACCUGGACGAGCACAUCGAUCCGCUGGGCCGGGCCCGGCUGAAGAUGCAGACCCACAAAGUACUGGACAGGUACCAGCUUCUCGCCCACUCUCAUCAAAGUGCGAGGAGCUCCUUCCACGCCCGCCUGGCUGGCUGCACUCAGUACGAACUCUUCGAGUCCCCCUACUCGCAGCGGGUCCUCCAUCCCUUCAUCUUUCGCAGCGAGGCGUUGGCGCCUCCGUGGCUGAAGCUCAUGUGCGAGCUGCAGCACCGAGUGAACCGGACGCACCCCACGAGGUCCACCAUAGACUUUUGCUACGUGAGGCCGCAACACAUCCCGGCGGUGAAUGCGCUACUGCAAAGCUCCUUUUGGCCCAAUAUCGAUGUAAGCGAGUGCCUCACCUAUCCGGACUACAGCGUAGUAGCUCUCUACAAGAAACUGGUCGUGGGUUGUGGGUUCCUGGUGCCGGAUGUCGGCUACAACGAGGCCUACAUCUCCUUCAUGGCCGUGCGCCCGAACUGGCAGAGGAGCCGCAUCGCCAGCUUCAUGCUGUACCACCUCAUCCAAACGUGCUCCUCCAAAGAUAUCACCCUGCACGUCUCCGCCAGCAACUCCGCGGUGAUGCUGUACCAGAAGUUUGGCUUCAAAAUGGAGGAGAUCAUCCUGGACUUCUACGACACCUACUUGCCAUCGGACUCGAAGCAGAGCAGAAAUGCUUUCUUUUUAAGAUUACAAAGAUGAAGGGAGUUCAAAUAAAUUCCGUGAUCACAGACUA